AUGUCGCUGACCCUCGGUAGGGGGGAAUUCGUGAGCUUGCUGGGGCCGUCGGGCUGCGGGAAGAGCACCGUCCUGCGACUGGUAGGCGGGCUGGCGAACACGACCAGCGGUCGCAUCGAACGCCAUUGGGACGCCUCCCAGCAACCGGCGCCGGUCGGCUGCGUUUUUCAAGAGCCAACCCUGCUCCCAUGGGCGACGGUCUGGAAGAACGUCUACCUGCCCCUGCGUCUGCAGGGCCAGUCGCGAUCGGCGGCCCGCACACGGGUGGAGGAAGCCAUCCAAUUGGUAGGGCUCACGGAGUUCGCCAAGGCGUACCCCCGCGAGCUGAGCGGGGGGAUGAAGAUGCGUGUGUCGCUCGCGCGGGCGUUGGUCACGUGUCCCCGCCUGCUGAUGCUCGACGAGCCGUUCGCCGCCCUCGAUGAAAUCACGCGCUUCCGCCUGAACGACGACCUGCUGUCACUGUGGCGGCAGCGGCAAAUGACGGCGCUCUUUGUGACCCACAGCGUCUACGAGUCGGUGUACCUCUCGACCAGGGUCGUGGUGCUGAGCAAGCGUCCCGGGCGGGUGGUGGCCGAUAUACCGAUCGACCUCCCGCACCCCCGAGAUGAAUCCACCCGGUCCGACCCGCGGUACCUUGAGCUGUGUGAGCAAACCUCCGCGGCGCUGCACCUGGCGAUGGGAGGCCGAUGCCCGAUGAGCAGCGAAGGAUCGCACCGACGACUCGCCAGAGCCGACACGGCUCGCGGUCUGCUCCGCCUGCUGGCGCCGGUGGUGCUGGGCGUCGCGGUGCUGGCGGGCUGGGAGGCGGCUGUGCGGGCGUGGGACGUAUCGUCCUACCUGCUGCCGGCGCCGAGUGGGAUCGCCCAAGCGAUGUGGGACCACCGCGAGCCGCUGCUGGCGGCCUGGGCCGUGACGCUGCGGACGAUGCUGCUGGCGCUCGCCGGGGCGGUGGUCGGCGGGGUGCUGCUGGCGGCGCUGUUCAACACGUCCAAGACGCUCGAGUUGAGCCUCUUCCCCUACGCGGUGACGCUGCAAGUAACUCCGCUCCUCGCGAUCGCCCCAUUGCUGUUGAUCUGGAUCCAUGACCCCAGGCGGGUGAUGCUGUUGUGUGCAUGGAUCGUGGCGUUUUUUCCCAUCCUGUCGGGCACGGCCGUGGGGCUGCGCAGCACCGACAGUGGGCACGAGGACCUGUUCCGCUUGUACGGGGCGUCGCGCUGGCAGCGGCUCCGCCUGCUGCUGGCUCCCACCGCCCUGCCCUACUUCUUGGCGGGCCUGCGGGUGUCGGUGAACUUGGCCUUGGUCGGCGCGGUUGUGGCGGAGUUCGUCACCGCGGCCGCGUUGGAACACCCGGGUUUGGCCACCAUCAUCUACGAAGCGCAGUACCGGUCGGACACCGAGCGGGCGUUCGCCGCGCUGGCCCUCGUUUCGCUGACGGGCGUCGCUUUCUACUUUGCCACGCAGCUGCUGAGCGACUGGCUGCUGGGCAGCCGGCGGGACCGCCGCCGGCAGGGACGCGAUCUCGGAGUGGAACCCAUGCUCCGCACCCUCUGCCUGCUUACGUUGCUGACCGCCACGCCGGCCACGGCGAUUGACAAGGUCACCCUCGCGCUAAACUGGAAGGCGCAGCCCGAGCUGGGGGGCUUCUACCAGGCCGUCGCCGACGGGGCGUACCGCGAGCACGGGCUCGAGGUAACGAUCCGCCAGGGCGGACCGCAGAUCAACAACCGACCGCUGCUGGCGGCGGGCCGGAUCCAGUUCCUGGUGGGGACCAAUCUGCUGCAAGCCUUUGACGCGGUGAAGCAGGGCGUGCCGACGCGGGUGGUGGCGGCGAUGCUGCAGAAGGAUCCGCAGUGCUUGAUCGCCCAUCCCGGCCAGGGCUACGACGAGUGGAGCGAUCUUACCCGUGCACCGCUGCUGAUGGCCGCGACCGGCCGGUACAGCUUCUUCCUCUGGAUGGAGGCCGCCCACGGCUUCCAGAAGCGGAACCUGCGGCCCUACAACCACAGCCUGGCGCCAUUUCUCGCCAACAAGAAGUGGAUCCAGCAGGGCUUCGCGACCGCCGAGCCGAUGCGGGUCGAGGAGGCCAGCGGCGAGGCGCCGCUGGUGUUCCUGCUCGCGGACAACGGCUGGGAUAGCUACUCAACCGUCAUCGAGACGAGUCAGCGCCUGAUCGACGAUCAGCCGGAACUCGUUCAGCGGUUCGUCAACGCGUCGAUCCUGGGCUGGUACGGUUACCUGUACGGCGACAACGCGGCGGCCAACACGCUGAUCAAGCGGGCCAAUCCUUCGAUCACCGACGGUCAGAUCGCUUUCUCGUUAAAGCAGAUGCGGGCGAUGGGGCUGGUUGAUUCAGGGGAGUCUCUCGAGCACGGAAUCGGCGCCAUGCAAGCAGAGCGGGUGCGGAGUUUCUUCGAUAAAAUGACUGCUGCCGGCGUGUUCCAGCGGGGGGAGAUCGACCCCGACAAGGCCGUGACGCUACAAUUCGUCAACCAGGGCGUCGGGCUCGACCGACGCGCCCAGCUGGCGCCCCAAGAAACCAACUAG